CGGAAAUCUUUAAAAUAGAUGAAACGAAGGAAGAAAUGAAAGAUGAAACGAAGGAAGAAAUGAAAGAUAUAACGAGAAAAGAGAUUAAUGACGAAAAAGAUAAGAGUAUAAAUAAUGUGAAACAAAGGAAACAUUUAAAUGACGAAAAUUAUGAAAACGAGAUGAAAAUGUUAGAAAGAGAAAUUGAAUCUAACGAAGAAGAAGAAGAAGAAGAAGAAUUAGAAGAAGAAGAAUUAGAAGAAAAAGAAGAAGAAGAAGAAGAAGAAUUAAAGGAAAAGGAGGAAAUUUUAAGUGGAAAAAAUAAUCUGACGAAAUUGUUAAAAAAUGUAAACCAAUACGUGAAUAAGAAUGAUAUAUUAAAUGGGACGAAUGAUAAGGAAAAAUAUAAGGAAACUUCUUAUUUAAAUUGUCCUCAGUGCAAUAGAAUAUUACCAUGUCGUGGCAAGGGUUAUACGAUUUGUCUCAAAACUUGUCAACAUAUUCUUUGCAGGUAUUGUAUCUCCAUAUUAUUGCAAAAAUUCAUACACAAUGAGAUAGUUGAACUAAGAUGUCCAUACAUCGAAGUAACAAAAUGCAAUGCAUUAAUCGAUGAAGCUAAAGAUAAUAUCGAAAAGUUGGUCAAUCCGAAUCUUUAUAAAAAAUAUUUAAUGUCAUUGGCCAAAGAGUUAAAAGACAAUGUCAAAAGUACAGUGGUUUAUUGCAUAACACUUAAUUGUAAAGGCUGGUGCGUUAUAGAAGGUGACAGUGUCGACAAUUUUUUAUGUCCCAUAUGCAAGAGAAAUAAUUAUAUAAAUUUGAAAGCCAAUAAAAAUGAAAUAUCAGAAGAUACGUAUGAAAACGAGUACAUUCAAAAUGAAAGAUACAACGAAUUAAUGUUAUUAAUGGCAAAUGAUUUUGUACCAAACUUUGAACCAUUCGAAUGUCCAAUAUGUUUAGUUCCUUAUAAAUCUCAGGAAGGAUUAGUUUUGAAGAAUUGUUUACACACAUUUUGCAAAACAUGCCUCGCAAAUACAGUUUUAUUUUCUGACGAUGCAGACGUGAAGUGUCCGUACAAAGACGAAAAUUAUUCUUGCGAAGGAACGAUACAACAAAGCGAGAUUAAAGCGAUAGUAAAAUCGGAAGAUUUUAACAAAUAUUUAAGAAGAUCGAUAGUACAAGCCGAAAGUGCAGCAGGAAAUUCCGCUUAUCAUUGUAAAACACCAGACUGUCCUGGUUGGUGUAUUUAUGAACCAUAUGUUGAAAGUUUUAUAUGUCCUGUAUGUGAAAAAAACAAUUGUCUUCUAUGUAAGAAGAUACAUAAAGUAAAUUGUACGGAAGACAUGUUACCCGCGGAAUCAUCAGAUUCAAAAUCUGAUCUUUUAAUUCAGCUGAUGUUAAAUAAUAAAAAUGCACUUCCUUGUCCCACAUGUAACACAAUAAUAAUGAAAAUAGAUGGUUGCGAUGCAGUUGUAUGCACUAUAUGUAAAACCGAAAUAUGUUGGUUAACACGAGGACCACGUUGGGGACCCAAAGGCCGAGGUGAUAUUUCUGGUGGUUGCAGGUGCAAAGUGAACGGUAAAUGUCAUCCAAACUGUCGCAAUUGUCAUUGACUUGAUCCAUUAAAAAAUAUACAUUUUAUAUAUAAUAAAACAUAUUCGUAUAAUUAGCUAAGUAAAGAUCAUUUUUUUUGUCCGUAUAAAUAAUAAAAGUGUGAAAAUAUAAUAAUGUUUGUCUUUU